AUGCCUUGGCUGUCAUGUUGUCAUCGUGCACCCAAAUCGAAGCGAGAAGAUCAGUACAAGGUGGCUGAGGAGCCUGAAGAAGUGAAUGUUGAAGAAAACCAAGGCGACGCAAUGUUCUCAUGGGAACGCCGUCCACAAAUGGAUAUUGACAAAUAUCGGAUACACGAUUUAGAAGGGACAACAGAAAUUCGUCGUGGAAUCGCUGGACAACCGAUGGCUAUAGAGACUUGCAAGAACAGCAAAUUACUGGUGCUUGACCAUACUUCCACGAUCACCGUCGAUGACUGCUCGGAAUGUUUGAUAGUGCUAGCUCCUUGUGCUGGGAGCGUUUUUCUACGAGAUUGUCAAUCCUGCACGGUUUUGGUGGCUUGCCAACAACUCCGGACCAGGGAUUGCCGCUCGUUACACAUCGCACUACACUGUGCCACCCAACCCAUCAUUGAAGAGACGUCAGAUGCUAGUUUUCAUCCACUAGUAUUGCACUAUGACACAUUUGUUGAUGAUUUGANGGCCUCUCUCGGCCCAAGUAGUAUAGUGGUUAGUACUCCACGUUGUGGCCGUGGCGACACAGAUGAUUUGAUUGCUGCUCGUUUGAGUCCUUUCUCUCGCCAUUCGACUUCGGUGCACGAUUUCACUCCGGAAAAGGGAUCGCUGCAUUACAAGAUAAGCAGAGAAGCUCUCGAACUUAGCUCGGAUUCUGCGUCUGUUUUGGCAUCUCAAGGAUUAUCGGCAGAUGUUAAUGACUCAGACAUUCCUUAUUGCCAAGAACCAUUCGGAAAGAGUCACUACUUCCAAGCAGUGAACAGUGACGGAGAGCAGCGCCUUACGUUCGUCAAACGAUGUCAGAAAGUUGCCCAGGGAGUGGUUACCUCUCCCUCGCUCAGGCUUGUGAGUACCAACGAGAUUGAUCUUCAAAAACACGGAUCCAAGCUCGGGAUAUCAACGAGAAACUCUUCAACUCUGGUCGUGCUCGAAGUUUCCGGUGAUGGUGACGAUCUCGAUCAGAUUAUGGCAGAUGGAGGUUUCGAGAAAGUUCCAGAACAUAGCGAAUCGACGUUUGCCUCUUCUCUUGCUGCUAUCAAUCAAAUCAUGCUUUCCUGA